CUUAGUGUUUAGUGAUAACAUUCGAUAAGACAGAGAGAACAAGGCAUUGGCUACAGAUGAGCAGCAGCAGAUAAAAAGUGUGUGCCUACCAUUCCCAGUUUGAACAGUUCCCAUCCACUGUUCGAGGACUUCAGUUGGGCCGCUCCUAAUCUAGUGGAAGCAGUGCGAGUGUGUGUUCUUGGGCAGUGCGGUGUAUCCAGUCCAAUUUUUUGUGAAGCACGGGGAGAGACAGAGAGUGCGUGUGAGUGUUUGUGUUCUGUGCGCACCCGUGAAUCAAAGUCAGGAGCAAAAUGUAUUUCAAGAAAGUGAUCUCGAUUCUGAUCAUCUGCAAAGUGGCCCAGAGUGCGCUGGUCAAAGAAACCAAACAGGAUGCUGCCCCGGAGAACGUUCUAAGCGAGCUGAGCUGGUCCUGCGCUAACAACGCGUCCUGUGUGAAACGAAUCGCCCGGGACGUGGUGCACAAGCUGAAGGCACACAAACCGGUCAAUUUUGGAGUGUUCAGUAUCGCUCCGGUCGAGCGGGUCCCGCUCACCGUCGACGGAAGCUCGUCUCGUGCCAUGGACUUCCUAAGCGGGCACGCGCUACAAUUCCCGAUCGGACCGAUGGUGUUCAACAUCGAACGCUCCACCGACUAUCCCAACUAUAUUGAGGUCUCCCUGCUCAGAAAGGCCGAUGGAGCCCGCGGCAGAAACCGCAGGCAUAUGCGCUUCUUCGUGCCAGCAUUCCUGGUCUUCAGCCAAAUCGGCUGGUAUGCGCUCGCCAUUGCCGGAGUCAAGCUGCUAGCGAUUAAGGCCUUUUUAGUCGCCAAAAUUGCCCUAAUUGUUGUAGCAUUGAUGACUUUCAAGAAACUAUUGGAACCUGUCGCAGUCAUGCCACCACCGUACUUCGAUCAUCAGGAGCCCUUCCUGAUGCCGUACGGCAUGGACUUCCACCACGGCUUCCCUGGCUCCGGACACGACAUGUACCCAAUGGGGGGACUUGGCGCGCACCUGGGACAUCACGACGGCCCGUCCGGACUGCACGCUGCUGAGGGUGGACUUGGCGCCGCCAGCAACCUGAACCCUGUCGUCGAUACUAACCAGGCCGCCGCAGACAAGUCAGCUUCGGUUGCCGGCAAUGGCGGUGUCACCUCUUCGGCUGCGAGUUCCAACGAUCGUCAUCACUUCCCCGGCGGCAAAAUCAAACGGCAGGACUUCUAUCCGGUGGCACACACCGGCAAAUACUACUACUGAGCGAGAGGACAGCAGAACGAGAUAAUGCCAAAGCCACCACCACCCCUUGUCCGUUGUGAGACAGUUCACUACCUCCAAGUCCAAGUUUGCGCUGCCACAAUCAGUCCCAAGAUCCUUCCCCCCGAAAAAAAGAAACGUAAAAAAGCCCCAGACUCGUAACACAACCAUAUGACCAAAUGAUGCCUUCUGGAGAGUAUGAUUCCCACUCGGUAGCUGCUGAUAAAACUGUUUAGCAUGUAACCAUAGUAUUUACCCGAUGGUAUUCGAUCAGUUUCCACACCUGCAACUACGGUGUGAGCGAGAGAAACCUUCCCAAACUGUUGUAAAAUUGUUUUCCAUCGCCCCCUUCUGUGAAGUGUUGUUAUAAUCUAAUAUUUAUUUAUUUAUUAAAAGAACUGGGAGAAUGAAAAUCUAAAA